AUGGUCGGCCAGGAGGCAUCCGACCUCCAAGUGAGGGAAGAUUCUCAUGAUGACUCCAGACCGGCAAAGAGGCAGCGCAACUUCAUUGCACGACAGGCCUGUGAAGCUUGCCGUACAAAGAAGACGCGGUGCGAUGAAGACAUGCCAUGUAGCUUGUGUCGGAGUCUGGGGAUCGAAUGCACCUAUGUCGAGCGCAAACCUACCAAAAACGAGACCUCUAUGGGUAUGAUUUUCAACACUCUGAGGAGAAUGGAGUCCAAGAUCGACCAUCUCUCAAUCCCAACCGCUACUAGACCUUCGCCGGAGGUGUCUCAUCGAAGUGAAUCAAAUCAUGCUCCUAUUGCUAGCCCGUAUUCUAUGGAACCGGUUCCAUCGAACCGAACCUUGCCCUCACCACAAACCCAGACAAGCAGACCUCUGACUCAGCCGACAGCCAGCGGAUCGGUACUGUCCUUCAGUGCUCAUCGAACUAUUCAUUGGCCUGGAGUCCAUGCGUCGCUGCCACCGAGUCUUUCUAGCGCCAUUGAAAACCUGGAGAUAACAUACCCUACUCAUCUGGAGUCCGAACGACCGUCACUAAACCCCAUCAUCCAAGCAGCAGCUACAAUGCCUACAGGCGAUUGGCUGUCCUCGCUGAGUUUGUCAUGUGUUAAAGAACUGUCCAACGCCUAUUUCGACACCUUCAAUCGGGUAUAUCCUUUUAUCGAUCGAGACUACUAUUACCUAAACACACUUGCUGUUGUGGUUCGUGAGGGAUUCGGCUACGACAUGGAAUCAUGCCUCGUUCUCAAUAUCAUGGCAUUGGGUUGUAUGGGGCUCAAAGCUUUUGAAGAAGGUGGCUUUGACACAUCCCAGCAUGCUCCGAUCACGCCGCUCAUUCGUCACAUCAUGGAAGAAGAAUUCGCCGGACUGAGCUUCUUCAACGAAGCCCGCAGAAGAGUAGGGUUCUGUCUCUGCGAGCGAGACAUUCAGAGCUGCCAAUAUUAUCUGUCAUCAGCAGUCUUUUUCGCCCAAAUCAUGCGCCCAGUCGAUGAGUGGAUGAUGACCAAUCGAGCAUCUGUCAGUUGUGCUGCCUUCUGGAAAUGUCCGCCCAAGCCUCUUGAUGAAUGGCUGUCCGACAUGCAAUCGAGGUUGUUCUGGAGUGCGUUGACACUCGAGAGCGUCAUCGUGCAAGAAUUGGAAUUACCAUCCAGCGGCUUGAAAGAAUGGGAGGAGACAGUCCCGCUGCCAAAGUUCACCACAUAUCCGUACGUCAGCAAGUCACGCGCUCAAAACUCGGACGACUCGUAUUACCAUUAUCACUUUCUUGCGCAGAUCGCCGUGAGAAUCAUCUUGAGUCGCGUGCGUGAAGAAUUGUACUUCAGCAAUCCUUCAACGGCUCUUGCAGAGGAGCUUUGGCACCAAUUGGAGCAGUGGCGUGCCAACCUGCCCGAAGCGCUGCACUUCGCUGAGGACGAUCCGGAGCCCGUCUUCGACAGCCCCAGCGAUGCCGUGGUAGUCGCUCUACUCCAGGCCCGGUAUCGCAUCUCGACGUUCCACCUGGGCCGGCCUUUUUUGUACAAGGCAUUGCAGAAUCCAUCAGCAGCUACGGACAAUGACCUGAAAAUGUGUUCGAGGGCAUUGCGGUUUGCAAUGGACUGGCCUCUAAUUUGGGACCGUCUCCGCGCCAUGCCAAAUUUCAUGCCACUGAAAUAUUUUUGUGCUGGUCAACUUUUUGGUCAACUGUUCAUUUUCAAUGCAUUCAAAAACUCGACCAACGAGCGACUGCGGAAUGCACUCCCUAACGGGUACGAUCUGUGGUGCACCAGAAUGCUCAGAUACAUUACCGAAUUCGUUGGAUCCAGUCCGACGAUGGCUAAGAACCUUGAGCUGCUUUCCACACUGUAUCAGCCCAGGGACACAUGA